ACGAAUACCUGGCGGCUACCUAGGUCAGCUGAACGACUGAACUCGUUAAGCGAGCGUCAUGACGACAUGACUUUACGUGCACCCCCCCUGCUUUGUAUCUCCGGCGUAGCGCUACUCCUGGCUGACAGCUACCUCCCCCGCCUUCUCCGCUCUCCCGCAACCUUGCCGCUAUCUUUAGCAAAGCUCCGGUUAACAAGGCAGUCCGCGCUGUGUGUACACAGCGAGCAGCAGGCUACCUGGACAGGCGGGACCUUCGCGUGCUGCGUUUGGUUUCAUUUGGCCAAACAAGCCUCAGUAAACUGUGUCUCCCGCCAGAGCAGGGGACUGGGGAAUGACUAGCCCCAAUUCCCCGGGUCUGUUUCUCCAUCCGUAAGGAGCGCUAUCAGUGAUGCUACCUCCGAUAGGUAUGAAAAGCCGACCCAGGCCCUUGCUUGCACCCGGAAUCCUCAUGUGUGCACUUCUCGUUGCUGUCAGUGCUAGCAUGCCAGACAAGUGUCCCGGCAGUCUGGACUGUGCCCGUGAGAAACGCCACUUCUGCCCGCCAGGCUCCACCCACUGCGGCCCGUGUCUCACCCCAUUGGAGGAGAAUGAGGAAGGGCAGUGCGUGGUCAGGAAGAGGCACGCCCCUUCCGGCAAAAUGACCUCUCGUCCUGAGCUGGAUGAAGAGAUUGACUUCCUGUCUGCCGUCAUUGCCAAACAGCAGGACACGGGGGCCAAACAAUCAGUGACACCCACUCAGGUGUCACCCAAAGCCAACCCAGAGGGCCCCGUGCAGAAGAAGCCGCCCAAUGCCACAGCGGGACUUCCCAAGACGAGCGCCGCCCCCACCCCGCUGCCCCCCCUCCCCCCCACGGAGCACUCUGGGAGGGGGCACCACCCCCUGGUGGCCCCCUACCCCUCCAGGGAUCGGAUGCUGAUCACCUUGGUCGGCGUGUGUGUCAUCGUUGGGAUGGUGGCUUUGAUCCUGUCAGCGGUUUGCUGGAUCAGGCUGCAGAAGGACACGCGGCUGGCGGAGAAGGUGGACUACCCGGCGUUCUGCGGGGCGCCGCCCGCCUCGUCCUCCGACAGGACCUCGCCGGGUGAUAAGAAGCUAGCGCAGAGUGCCCAGAUGUACCACUACCAGCACCAGAAACAACAGAUGCUGUCUAUGGAGAAGCACAAAGAAGAGGCCAAGGUGUCGGACUCUGGGGCCACGUCAGACGAGGAGAAUGAGGACGGGGACUUCACAGUGUACGAGUGCCCUGGGCUGGCACCGACUGGAGAGAUGGAGGUGAAGAACCCGCUUUUCGAUGACUCCACUCUACAACCCCAGAGGAACCACAAGUAGCUCUGGGAGGACACGUACAGACAGACACACACACACACACACACACACACACACACGCGCACACGGAAUACACAUGCAAAUCAAUACAAGUCCUCUGUAAGAUGCUUGCCAGGCAUCCCCGAUCCUGAACACCUUUCAGAAAGAAAGAACGGUGGAAAGUGAAGAAAGGGACAGAAGAGAGCCUAAUGAAGAGACGAGAGGAGGUGACGAUCACUUGCCCCCCGAUGGACACUCAGUGUAACUGCUUCCCACUUUGAGGAGCUCCCACUGUUUGCCCAGAUCUUGGCCACUCCCUUCAGACUGCAUUGGACUAUUCCCCUGAUCCUGCGCCCCCAUACAAACACACACACACACACAGGCACACACACGCACACAAUUGCUUUGACCAUCUGGCUCUACAUAAUAUCUGUUUUUCUGACACUUUAUUGCUGUAUUGUUAUUUUUCUAUACGUCGUGCUCGUUGUUUUCCGUUUGAACGUUCUGAGAGAUCAGCACCAUACAUAGAUAAUGUUGUGGCUGCUUUUUUCAGUUUCUCUUUUGCUUUCUGUAUACUUUGCUCGUUCUCUCGUGGUGAAGUCACCACCGUUGUCUCCCUGUAUGACCGGUGUUCCUCAUGUUUUCUUUUUCCUAUUCUAAGCAGUAGACUGUUUUCCCAAAGCUGUAACAUUGUAGAGGUUGAAUGAGAUAAAACACACACACACACACUCUCACACUCUCUCUCUGACACACACAUACACACACACACACACACACACACGUUCCAUUGUCAUCCUUAAUUUUAGGCUCCAGGACCAGUGUCACACUGUGCAAAUCUGUUCAUGUAAACAUAUCUGACUGGUUAUCACAAGGAAAGACAAAGAAGCGUAAAAGCGCACAGUUUUUGGUGGAUUUUUCCCCCCCAAUCUGGACCCCCCCAUGACCUCUGAACAUUAUUGCUUGCUGACCGGAGGCGGUCUGUAAAAUGGACUGGGAGGAGUAUAUUACACUGUGCUCUGACUGACAUAAAGAGGAAGGAGAUCCGGGGCUCACUGUUAGUACCACAUAUACUGUGAGUCUUUUUUUAUUUCCGUUGUCUUUUUUUUUUUUUUUUUUACUGCAGGUCAGUGCAGUCAGGCAAACAUGCACACGUAUGUAAUCUACCUGUGCCGUCCAAAGGAUGGUGCAGAUAUUUUUUUAUUAUUAUUAUCUUUUUUUUUUUUUUUUUUUUUUUACAUUGGACCCAUGAUAUUUUAAUGAGCGUCACAUAUGGAUGUACGCAGUAGAACUUGAUCGUGCGUAGGCAUUAUUCUACUGGCUGACAGAAUUGCAUGAUGCGAUUUCACUUCCUUGAGAAAGAAAGUGGAAAAGUAGAUUAUCCUCUGUUUCUAUGUAUGUGUGCAUGUGUCUGCUCACAUUCACGCACAUAUACAUGCAUACACAUGUGGGAUACCCUCCAGCCACACAGAAUAGUUUGUCAUGUGCUGUCUGGAUUGGAAGCAGACAUGCAUCAUGACGAACGUCAUUGUUUGUGAUGAAAUUCCAAAGCUGCGUAAAACUCUAAAACCAGUCCAGUGACCGAGCCCGCAGAAUACCGAAAAUAUCUCAGAACGACUUAAGCCACCCCCUCUCCCUCUUUUAAAACAAAAAACAAAAACUGGCUCACCAAACACCUCUUACCGGACCUCCUGUAAUGUAAAUACUUUUUUUUUUUUUUAAUGUUCAGAGAGAAAUAAAUUAAUAUUUGCCGAUCUA